AUGGCUCAACAACAAUCAAUUGCUAGAUUCUUUGGAGGUUCGGCUGCUCGUGAGGCCGUGAAGAGAUCUUCAACUCCUCCCAAGUCCCCAGUUAAGAAGCCCAAACUUGAAGACAAAAUCGAUAACGAGGCGUUGAUAAAAGCUACUGAAAAACAGCAUCAAUUACAUAAGAAUGAUAAAAUAGUUGAUGAUAAAAAGAUCCCUUAUGCCAAAUUAGCUGGGGUUUUCGAAGAAAUCGAACACGAAUCCUCAAGACUUAAGAUCAUAUCCAUCGUUUCGGAAUUUUAUUUCGAAAUUUUACAACAAUCCAGUGUUGAAAAAUUAGUUAAGAUAGUUUAUCUUUCCAUCAACAGAUUAGGUCCUGACUAUGAACCCGAUUUGGAAUUGGGUCUAGGGGAAACAUUAUUGAUUAAAGCCAUAUCUGAAUGUUAUGGAAGAGCCACCACCAAAAUCAAAGCCGAUUAUAAAUCAAUGGGAGAUUUAGGUUUAGUAGCUCAAAAAUCUAGAUCAGGUCAACCAACAAUGUUCAAACCAACACCUUUAGAUAUUGAUUUAGUGUUUGAGAAUUUAACCAAGAUAGCCAAACUGACAGGGAAAGAUUCCCAAAACAAGAAAGUGCAAAUCAUCAAUAAAUUAUUAACAUCAUGUGAUGCCAAAACCCCUGAAGCAAAAUUCUUGAUAAGGUCAUUAGAAGGGAAAUUAAGGAUUGGUUUAGCGGAAAAAACCGUUAUCAUAGGUUUAGCACAAGCUUUUGUUAACUAUGAAGGAGCUAAAGGAUCUGAAUCUUUAGAGAAAGCUGAAGAGAUCAUUAGAGAAGCUUUUAGUUUAGUACCAAAUUAUGAAAUUAUAAUUAAGACCGCUUAUGAACAUGGAAUUUUCAAUUUAUUAGAUAAUUGUCAAAUUACUCCCGGAUUACCGUUAAAGCCCAUGUUAGCUAAACCAACCAAAUCCAUCAGUGAAGUUUUAGAUAGAUUCCAAGGAGAAGAAUUUACAUGCGAGUAUAAAUACGAUGGAGAAAGGGCUCAAGUGCAUUUGUUAGAUGAUGGACAAGUGAAGAUUUAUUCUCGUAAUUCUGAAGAUAUGUCUCAAAGAUAUCCUGAUUUAAUCACCGUAGUGAAAGAAUUCAUGACCCAUCAAGAUGAUGAUAUGAAAUUGUCAUCAAUGAUUUUGGACUGUGAAGCAGUUGCUUGGGAUAGAACCCAAAAUAAAAUCUUACCUUUCCAAAUUUUAUCCACUAGAAAACGUAAAGACGUUGAUGAAAAAGACAUUAAAGUUCAUAUUUGUUUAUUCGCUUUUGAUUUGUUAUAUUUGAAUGGAGAUUCUUUAGUUAAUAAGACAUUAGCUGAUAGAAGAGAUAUACUAUUUUCAAGAUUCAAACCGAUUGAAGGUAAAUUCAAUUUUGCUACUUUCAAGAAUUCAUCCAACUUAGAUGAAUUACAAGUAUUUUUAGAUCAAUCAGUUAAAGAUAGUUGUGAGGGAUUAAUGGUCAAGAUGUUACAUACUAAAGAAUCGUUUUAUGAACCAUCGAAAAGAUCAAGGAAUUGGCUUAAACUUAAAAAAGAUUAUUUGGCAGGUGUUGGAGAUUCUCUUGAUUUGGUGGUCAUUGGUGCUUAUAAUGGUAGAGGUAAAAGAACAGGUACUUAUGGAGGAUUUUUAUUGGCUAGUUAUAAUGAUGAUACUGGAGAAUACGAAACUACUUGUAAGAUAGGUACUGGAUUUAGCGAUGAAGAUCUUACUUCCUUAUAUGGAAAAUUACACCCAACAGAAAUAUCACAACCCAAAGCUUUCUACAAUUUUGAUUCCAGUGCAGUGCCAGAUGUAUGGUUUGAACCUACAACGUUGUUUGAAGUAUUAACAGCUGAUUUAUCUUUAAGUCCAAUCUAUAAAGCCGGUCAUCAAGAAUAUGGGAAAGGUAUAUCUCUUAGAUUUCCUCGAUUCUUGAGAAUCAGAGAUGAUAAGGGUACUGAAGAUGCUACCACAUCGGAACAAGUUAAAGAGUUUUAUUCAAGACAAGCCAAUGUAAGUUAA